UUGGCACUACAUUCGCCAAAUGGACGCCCUCUCAAAUCAUAUAGAACGCUCCGAGAGUUCCUAAGCUGUAUACUUGAUGCCAUAAUUGGUCAUCGAGAUCUUUACGCUGAUGCUAAUAUUCCUCAUGACGACGUUUCUGAGGGGAAUGUUAUUUUGACCAAGCUUGAUGCAGACGGAAAGCCGCGCGGAAUUUUUAUUGACUUUUAA